GCCAAAUGCUGGGCAGUGGAACGGGUGGUAUUGAACACCAAUGACGUAUUCUCCGGGGAAGAUGGGGUUCUGCUAAACAUACCCAAAUGGAUCAACCAAGGAAUGUCCAUGUUCAGUUGUUUGAGAGGGACACAUACGCAGGUGAUCCAUCCGAUACAACUGUUGAAUAUGCGUGCCUGCUGUUGAUGUCCAUUGGGACACUGCUGAGUAGCGAACGGACACUGUACGCCAACCACCGCAACGCUGGGACGAAAAAGCUGACAGAUGCCCACUGCGGAUUCACAAAUGGCUCCCAUGAUCCUCUUAUCGACUCAGUGCCCAGCUUAGUACAGCAAAAAUACCCGGUUAUAGUUCGCCACAAGGGUUCACAAACGUAUGCUCUUGCUUGGGAGCACGGGGGACCGAUUUUUGGCCGUAUUUGCUUGUCGCUUUGGAGACUGAGCACUGGGGGCUCUUAUCUAGCAAACCUGGAUGAGUCAACUCAGCUACGUGUCGACCACAGUGUGAUGCAUGGGCUGUCUGUAAUUUGCUCCAGUGAGCUAUCGAUUUCGGAUAAGAGCCUUCAAAACAGCCAGCUCAUCUCCAACUGUCUGAUCUCAUGCCUGAGUCAUCUUUUUUCGGACAAGCUACCAACAGUGUACAGCGCAGCCAACAGCAUAAUGCUUCUGAUCGCUGGCCGUGCAAACACAAUGGAGUAUCUUGGGUACCCCAGGUUGCAGAUGGUCACAUUGGAGCUUAUGAAAGCCAUCAUCGAGCAGCUUGAUCGUCUGGAGGACCACGUUAGCAUGGACAAAGUCAAGGCAAUCUGGGAAAUUACGCGGCUGCUUACGAUUAUCCUGUCAGCAGCUCCAGGCUGAUAACGCUGAAAGGUGUCAAUAAGAGUGACAUCCAGAAUCCAGCCGCAGUGCGCGACUUUCUCGUGGAAAAGAUCUUCCAGGCGCUUCGCACACCCGCACACAUCAAGCGUGGCGAUUCCGCAUUUGUACAAUCAGCAUCUGGUGCACUAUGAGCUGAUCGACGGAAUGGUGCUCCGACUCGAGCCUGCACUGUAUAAGCCCUCCC